CGAUGUCUCCAGCAAUCCUCCUGCCUCAGCCUCCCAAGUAGCUGGGGUUACAGAUGCACGCCACCAUACCUGGCUAAUUUUUGUUAUUUUUAAUAGAGAUGAGGUCUCCUUACGAUGCCCAAGCUGUUCUCAAACUCCUGGCCUCAAGUGAUUCUCCUGCCUCGGCCUCCCAAACUGCUGUUAUUACAGGCCACCGCGCCUGGCCUAGCCUACUUUAAGGCCGGCAUUGCACUUGACAAACAUAACUCAGAUCAGAAUCCUCCCACAACUCUGUGAGGUUGGGUACUCUUGCUAUGAGCUACUUGACGGAUGGGGAAACUGAGGCUCAAAGAGGUUAAGUAACGCGUCCAAAGCCACAAGACUAGAAAGUGGUGGAGCUGGGACUCGAACCAGGCCCCAGACUCUAUGCUUUUAACAGCCGUGCGUAUAGUAGAAGCUCUUUACAAGCAGUUGGGAAAAUGAGAUGUUGCUUGGCUAGGACGGGCUCUAGACACUUGGUGCAGCUUCCAGCCCCUCCCACCCGCUUUCUGCAAGCCCCGCCCAAGACUCGGCCCCUCUUAGUCCUUCCCCAUCCCCCGCUCCGGGAACGGCCCCUCCUCCGCCUUCUGGGCGGAGCCCGCGCGGGAUCCGGGUGGCUGCAGGCUGCUGGCUUCUGCGGCUGCGGGGUCGGGGUCGCGGCCAGGGCCAAGCCGCAGCGAGUUCACAGGCGGAACCCCUGUAGGCGGCGCCCCCUACGCGAGGUCACCCCUGGGAAGGAGCGCAGCCCACCCGGCCCCUCCGCAUUCGAGCAGGACGCCCGUCUCCUCUCCCUGAAGAUUUCAGGUCUCCCUGUCCCAGGAGGCUUGUGCCAAGAUGGCAUCAGCUGGAGACCCCCAGGCAGGCCCACGGGAUGCAGCAGAUCAGAACUUCGACUAUAUGUUCAAACUGCUACUGAUAGGCAACAGCAGCGUGGGCAAGACUUCCUUCCUGUUCCGAUAUGCGGACGACUCCUUCACGCCCGCCUUCGUCAGUACUGUGGGCAUCGACUUCAAGGUCAAGACCGUCUACCGCCAUGACAAGAGGAUCAAGCUGCAGAUCUGGGACACGGCGGGCCAGGAGCGCUACCGCACCAUCACCACAGCCUACUACCGGGGAGCCAUGGGCUUCCUGCUCAUGUAUGACGUCGCCAAUCAGGAAUCCUUUGCCGCUGUGCAGGACUGGGCCACGCAAAUCAAGACCUACUCCUGGGACAACGCCCAGGUCAUCCUGGUGGGGAACAAGUGUGACCUGGAGGACGAACGUGUCGUGCCUGCAGAGGAUGGCCGGAGGCUCGCCGACGACCUUGGUUUCGAGUUCUUUGAAGCCAGUGCCAAGGAGAACAUCAAUGUGAAGCAGGUCUUCGAGCGCCUGGUGGAUGUCAUCUGCGAGAAGAUGAACGAGUCCCUGGAACCCAGCUCCAGCUCAGGCAGCAACGGGAAAGGCCCAGCCGUGGGGGAUGCUCCAGCCCCCCAGCCCAGCAGCUGCAGCUGCUAGAGAUGGCCCCCAACCCCCCACCCACCCCUCUCCUGCCUCAGCAGGGACUGUGAUCGAGGCAUGAGCCACAGUGGUUAUCUCCAAGCUCAGGGCAAUCCCUUCCCUCCUGUCAACUGCCCCCCGACUCCUGCAUGGCUCAUUCCUUCACAAUGUUGCCGUGGCUGCCAGGUUCCGCAGGCAGCCCCAGUGGGAGGCUACGGACCAUGGGGACUCAGCUCUGCAUGGCAGGCAGGGGCCCGGGGACAUUGGCAUGAGCUUGCUGCUUUCCAGGGUGUGUUAAGGAGGGUGGCCGUGGGUGACACGUCCCACUCUGUCUGAUGGAGGGGCAUCCGUGGUACCUUCUAGCUUAGAACCAUUUUCCAGGUCUCUUCUGGGUUGGGCAGGACUGAUAUUCCCAAGCUGGUGGAAGAUGGUUCAUCUUCUUCCUCGCGUAGUGUGGGUUCUUGGAGUUCAUCCAGGGAAGGCGGCGCCUCUUUCUCAGGUCCUGCAGGCUGGUCUCUGAGCCUGCCCCCACGAACUUUCUGGAUUCCAAGAUGGGAUGGUGAUUUUGACCCCUGCAGACCCUCUGCUUGCAAAAACCAGCAUUAAAGCGGCUUUUCCCCAUUGUAGAAGGGACAGGGAGUCAGAUCCCCUCAAUCCCCCCGGCUUCAGGGACCCCAGAAGUGCCUUCCAAGCUUCCCCCAAGAUCCACAUCACCCACGACCUGCCACUGUUUUUGCUGUGUUCACCGGAUCUCUGAUCCUGAAUUUAAUUCUGGAACUAUGGACCACAUUAGAUGGGGCAGAGAUUUGCCCAACCCCUAGCACUCUGGUUCUGGGCUCUCGGCCAGAAGUUAAUUAACCUCAGAGCCAGGAGCCUGGGGCCUCCCUCCCAGGCCCCGUUUAGCUGGUUGUGUUUUAAGCAAGUUCUUGCCCAAUCAUACAUCCUGCUAGAAAAGGAAAUGAAGCAACGUUCCCAGCCACCACAGGCAGUUGUCGGCGACUUUCUGAUGUAAGCUCCUCCGACUUGAGGGGGGCCCUUCGACACCCAACGUCCAUUUCCCAAUCCUUGUCAUUGGCAGGGCCCAGGGAUGUGACAAUUUUUGCUAAUGGAGGAGUCACUUUUUUUUUUUUCUUUUUGAGAUGGUCUCGCUCUCUCGCCCAGGCUGGAGUGCAGUGGUGCAAUCAUAGCUCAUCACAGCCUCAAACCUAGGGGUCACUUCUAAGGGAUGCUGGGGGUUGGGUGGAAGGGGUGAGGAGGUAGGAUUGAGUAACUUGCUGUCAUUGCUUGUACUUUGUAGACAGCCUGAGAGUGGCGGGCCCUUAUGUGAAUGGGGGGGAUGGGCUGUGAUCAGUGCCGGGGGGUUCCCUGAAGCUGGGGUCCCCACCUCCAGGGGCUUCUGCUCAGAGGUUAUGUGUGCAGUUUGAAGAUGUACGUCUUGACCUCCAGUUUAGAGGCACUUUCUGCCCAUCAGAUUCCAAACUCUAGGGGCGCAGCACCUCUUCUUUGCUCCCAAACACCAACCAACGCCCCUUAACAGGACCAGCACUGUUAGGAUGGCUAAGCGGAUGUUUUAUGUUCCCACCUCCCCGACUCUGUUUCAGAGGUUGUGUCUGCUCCCCCAGCCCCUGAAGCCAAAAUGACUUCCUGCAGCUUUCAUGAGCUCAGCCUCUUCCCUGGGGUAUGUGUGAGGGGGGAAAGCCUGGUUCAAGUUUAGAUUUAUUUCUAGGGAGCCCUGGUUUCUUCAUACCAGAGGCUACCCUUAGAACUUUGGAGUGAGGGUAUCUUUUUUUGUGGUUUUUUUGAUACAGAGUCUCGCUCUGUCGCCCAGGCUGGAGUGCGGUGGCACAAUCUCAGCUCACUGCAACCUCCACCUCCAGGGUUCAAGUGAUUCUCCUGCCUCAGCCUCCCGAGUAGCUGGCAUUACAGGCACCUGCCACCACACCUGGCUAAUUUUUGUAUUUUUAGUAGAGAAGGGGUUUCACCAUGUUGGUGAGGCUUGUCUCAAACUGACUUCAAGUGAUCCACUUGCUUCGGCCUCCCAAAGUGCUUGAAUUACAGGCGUGAGCCAUCACGCCCAGCCGAGGGUAUCUUUUAUACCAACAAAUUAGAUGACUGAGGUGAAAUGGACAAAUCCUAUACGCACACCAAGUGAGGGUAUCUGAGUAUGUGGGCGGGAGUCAAAAAUUUUUAGUUACUUUAACACUAAAGUCAAACUAAAGCAGCUUCAAAAAGACUUAAGAUGCAAUAUGGCCUGCUGAGGUUUUUGUUUGUUUGUUUGCUUGUUUUUUUUAAGACAGAGAGUCACUCUGUUGCCCAGGCCGGAGUGCAGUGGCAUGAUCUCAGCUCACUGCAACCUCCACCUCCUGGGUUCAAGCGAUUCUCCUGUCUCAGCCUCCUAAGUAGCUGGGACUACAGGCACCUGCCACCACGCCCAGUUAAGUUUUGCAUUUUUAGUAGCGACAGGGUUUCACCUUAUUGGCCAGGCUGGUUUUGUUGGCCAAUUGUCUCUAAACUGCUGUCAAAAAAAGGAAUGGAUCAGAUUGUCUUGAAUAGGGCAGAGCUAACCUGUAAUCACCUGUGUGAUGUGAAACAGCUUUGACUGCAUCUUACUCCUGACCUGGCCUAAGCUUUCUGUUUACAUAAGAUUUUUCAAGAAUUCAACUUCAAGUAGCAGCGGAGAGAGCUGCCUCAGGAUUCUCUCAAAAACUGGGAAUAAUAUGGGAACAUUUGUUUCUUCUAAAAAUAAGGCAAAUGUUACAUUGAAUGAUUUGGGGGAUGAGGUUUAAUUGGAAAUGGUCUCUGGGGACUGAAAACUGAUGUUUUUGCAGAUUACCUCAGGGAAACGGAGGUUUGUUGAGUUUACAGACACAUUUAACCAAAGGCCGUGGGAAAACCCCUCUCCAGCUCCAGGGGAUUGAAGUCAGGAACACCCACUAACCAGUGCCUUCCUUCUUAACAUUCACUUUUAGCAGCUUGUGUUUACAUGGGCAGUUUUGAUGGGAAAUUGCCAUGACCACAGCGGUUUGGAGUUCUGGGUUUUUUUUUUUCUUCUUUUUCGGGGGACUGGGGGACUCCUCCCAAGAUCACAUUUUAGCAUCUUUCUCUCCUACUCCAUUUAGAAAAACAAGUAAAGGGUGAAAUGUGGUCUCAGUGUUAACGCGAUAAUUCCGCUACUGGCUCCUCCCUGAUGAUUCUGAAAUACACUACUGAACGAGCUCUGGCUGGUCCUUUCUAUCCUGGAUGUGGUUCUUCUGUGUAGCAAUUCCUUGAUGUCCAGUUUGGAAAGAUGUACUCUUUUCUCGACCAGAAAAAAUUAAAUCCGUCAUGCCCAAA